AUGACCAGCUUGACUUGGCGAUACAGGCCCUUCAACGCAUCAUUCACGUCCUUCAGUGCGAAUAUCCUCGCACAACACCAUCAGCAGGAAGCGCACGAAGUCAACCAGAAUGCCGCGAGCGAGAUGUUGCAAUUACUCAGCGCCUGCCUCUCGAACCAGCAGGACAUGCACCAAUUGUUACGGAUGCAACAAUCCGGCGAGAAUGUCGCUGCGCAAAUCAUGGAGGCUGGCCAGCUAACCCUCGCCGAAAUCCGCGAACACCCCACCCGACGUGCCAGCCUCGAGUCCACAACCACCAUCACCCCCCUCACACCGAACACCAGCCACCAAAUACAAGACGUACAACACGGGCUUGUCAACCUACAUAACCUCACGGGCAUCCCACCUUACAUCAAAAUUCUCGACGGGGAAGUGCGCAAGGAUGACGAGCAGGCCAUCGGGGGCGGGUCGAGCACGGAUAUCUGGCGAGGGACGUGGAUGGGAGAGCGUGCAAUCGCCCUCAAAUCCCUCCGCAACGUCAAGGCAGACGACGCGAAGGCACAGAAACGCUUCCGCACCCAGAUCGAGCUCUGGUCACAAUUGCAACACGAUAACAUCCUGCCCUUCUACGGGAUCGUCACAAACAUGGUACCGUGGAUACAUAUAGUGACGCCGUUGCAGGAGAAUCGGGAUGUGUUGCACUAUGUGAAGAUCAAUCCGUCGGCUAGCAAACAGGAUCUGCUUGUAGGCGCUGCACGCGGGGUGGCGUAUCUGCAUAGUCGAGAGGUGCCGAUCGUGCACGGUAAUUUGAAAUGUACAAAUAUCCUCGUUGACGAUAUGGGCCACGCCCGCAUCGCCGACUUCGGCAUGGCAAAGAUCGUCGCGAGCGUUACGGGCGAGAACGCAUCGUACACGCUUUCUAAGGGCCUCAAUGGCCGCUGGAUCGCGCCGGAGCUCAUCCGCGGGCAAGAGGCGCGCGAAGCGAGCGACGUGUGGUCGUUCGGGAUGGUUGUGCUCGAGUUGAUGACGGAGAAACAACCCUACGCCGAACAGAAGAACGGUUUCGCGGUCAUCGUGGACAUCUCCACCGGCAAGCACCCGCGGCGGCCUGACGUCGUGUCUGACCCGAUGUGGGCGAUGGUACAGCGGUGCUGGGCGUUUGAGCCGCAGGACCGACCCGCGAUGGGCGAGGUGGUGGGGUGGUUGGAGGGUGGGUAG